GCUCUGCUUUCAUUUUUUUGUUUUCUCUGUCUCAAAUAUCAGAUCUCUACAGUAAGUAUCAACUUCUCUAGUUUGGACACACAGUAUGUUAAAUGGGCUUAAACUAAACCAGUUUUCACUGGCAACGCUGUACAGGGACCUACAUUCAAGCACACAUACUUUUAUGUGACAAAAAAAAUGUGUGGGGGUCAGCAAUGACAAAAAAGUUAUAUUUGAACUUAGCAGGAUGGAUGAGAAAAAAAGAGACAACUCAUUUCCUCUUCAUUCACAAUAUCUGAUGUUGCUAUUAAUAAUAUACGGGGAGGGCAAAUAGUGACCAUAGUUUGCCUUAGCAAAAUUCAGGGAACGUAGGACAGCUUGAGAUAACCGACCACAGAGCGUGAGACCGAGCAAAGGUAGUGCCACUCAAAUGUGAAGGGUCCUAAUGUUGUGGGUUUAUGCUGAAAGGGGUGGUCUUAACAGUCAGAUACAGUAUUGUGGAAACACAGACAAGAUGUUUUCAUCAGUGGGGGGAUGGAGUGUGUUUCCGAGUUUUGACGUGUGUGCGCGCGCUUGUAUCAUGAUGUUUUACAUCGUGUUUGUCUGGUCCAGUAUCAAGGCACAUGUCUGCACUUCACACUCUUUGGCUCAGACUUUGAUUUUCUUAUCUGCUGCCUCAGGUCCCAUUGAGGCCUUUACCCUAAGGCUGAGGUUGGUCCCUACAGACACAACGGAACCCCUACUUUCAGUCACAAAAAUGGACAACAAGACGUUGGUUGUGAACUGCAGCAUGUCUGGACGGCACAACUUUAUCUUCAGGUUCAUCCCUGUGCUCUACGGAUGCAAUUUCUUCAUUGGGAUCAUCGGAAACAGCAUGGUGGUGGCCGUCAUCUAUCGCUACAUGAAGCUGAAGACGGUAGCCAACGUGUUUGUGCUAAAUCUAGCUAUUUCAGAUCUCACCUCCCUUAUCACGCUGCCAUUGUGGGCCGCCUACACGGCCAUGGGUUACCACUGGCCUUUUGGAACCUUUUUGUGCAAGGCAAGUGCCGGUCUGGUCAUGUUCAAUCUCUACACUAGCAUAUUCUUCCUGACAGCCCUUAGCAUUGAUCGAUAUCUCGCAAUAGUACACCCAGUGCGUUCUAGACGUCAGCGCACCCUCCUCUAUGCCAACCUUACUUGCGUGUUUAUAUGGGUUUUCGCUUUAGUUCUCUGCAUGCCCACAGCGCUAAGCAGGGAUGUGUAUGACAUUGACAACUCUACGUUGUGCGCCAUUUGGCACCACAGUGAGCGAAUCCACUUGCUUGUUACCCUUAGCGUGCUAAAGAGCGUGCUAGGGUUUCUUGUGCCUUUCCUUAUAAUCAUUACCUGCUAUUGCCUUAUCGGUCAGGCCCUUCUGGAUUCUCAGGGACUGCUGAGAAAGAACGUUCGCUCUCGGGAAGACGAGACUCUACGCAUGCUAGCCGCUGCCGUGCUGGCUUUCUUUAUUUGUUGGGCUCCUCACCAAGCUUUCCACUUUAUGGAACUGCUGGCCAUGCUUCACGUGGUGACAAAGUGUCAAAUUCUUGAUAUUAUUGACACCGCUAUUCCAUGUACAAUCUGCAUUUCCUACCUGAACUGUUGCGUCAACCCCAUCCUCUAUGGUUUUGUUGGACACAACUUUCGAAAGAACUUACUGAGGUUGCUGGGUUGUGGCUCUGGUCCAGCAAGCGGAGUAUUAGCUCAAAGUUAAAUAUACAUUCUUACUGCAUCUCCGGACUGCUCAGCCCAAAAUGGCUGAUGCAAGAAAGAUUCAAUAUACUGAUAAGAUGUCUUCGGUGCAAGAUAUAGCUUUAAAUAUUCAUAGUUAUACCAUAGUGGUUAUUGCUAGUAAAACUUACCAUGUUAGAAACUAGUUCACAAUGGUGUCUGUUAUAGCUCCUCAUGUGGCAAUGUUGAGAGUGCAAAGCGUACAAUGCAUUCUGAAUUGCAGUCUGAACUAUGACAAAAUGCACAAAAUUGGGCCUCAUGUAGUUAUGUAGAGUAGUAACUGAAGCUUAUGAAUAGUAUGAGUUCUGUACAUGAGUUCUGUUCUGAAACACGAUUAUUUCCUCCUUAUGCAAACCUUGUGCAUGCAAAAGGUCGCUGGAAAACAGGCCAAUCUCAACAUAACACCAACUGUGACAUUACAGUCGUAAUGUACGCCCCAACAUUAAAUUACACUUUAAAUUAAUUCAAUGUUGUUACAAUACUAAAAACAAAGUUGUGACUGCUGAGUUCUAAGUGACCUCUAUAUGUUAUUUCUUGUUAUAUGCUAGCGUUAAUGCUGAAGAAGUAUUGACUUUCAGUUACAUUUUGCAGGCGCAUACUGAAAAAAAACUUACUAAUUCAUGAAUAUCAGUCAUGUGACCUUUUAUGUCAUUCCAGUUGCCUGCCGCCAUCUUGAGUACCUACCGAGUACCAGUCGGCUUCUGACAAGCAUUGGCUAGCUUGCUACAAUUUACAGACUUCUUAUCUUUUACUCUCUAUGAUUCUUACAGAUAUGAGAAAUGGCUACAAAAGACAACAUUUCGCACCUCGACUGUCAUGAAAAGAAACGCUACUUUAAAAAAAUUAUCUUGGAUAGGGUGGUGAUGCCUACUCGAUCCCUGAUGCGUUCUUCCACCCGCUGUCCGCUGCUACCAAACUACCACUAUUUUUACAACACUAAGAAGGCGCAAAACUAGUGUUGCAGUCAAGACCACCUAAACCGAGACCAAGUCAUGACCAAGACCAAGGCCGUUUCUCAAUAUGCGUUCUUGUCUGUACUUGUGGUCUUGUGGACUUGUGAAACGUCAUCAGUCGCGGACCAAGUACUGUUGCAAAUCAAAGUUCGCAUCAAGCCCAAGUUCACAUAAAAUCCCCGGAUGUGUUCUUGAUCCACCCAUUUUAUCAAGGAUGCAUCAGAGGAGACUUGUGUGGACUUAUGACAGCGAAGUUUCCCAGAAUGCAUUUCGCGUCAGGAGUUCGUUCUUCCGAGUCUGUACUUGCAAGUUCGAACUACGAAGGACACAAGUCCGAGUUUGGCGUACUUGGUAUUGAGAAACGGCUCAAGACAGGCCGAGACCAAGUCAAGACCAAGACCAUUGCAAGUCACUGCAUUAAAACACUUAUGAUAAAAUGUGGAAUAUGCAUAUGAUUAGGCACUUCUUGUCUGUAUGCCUGUGUGUGUGUGUGUGUUUGUGUGUGUGUGUGUGUGUGUGUGUGUGUGUGUGUGUGUGUAUGCCAUCAGAGAAGUUGAUAAAAUAAUCAAAGGCAUUGCAGAUAUGAGUGGUGAUGGCGCAGUGGAUAAGACACACGCCUUUGUUGUGAGAGACCCGAGUUCGAAUCCACUGUGACACACCAUUGUGUCCCUG